AAACUUCUACACGCUAUUGGUGAACGUAAUGAAAAUGAAAGUUGCUAUUUGUGUCUAUUUAUGCACAACACCAUUUUAAAUUAUUACAUUAAUGCAGUUACAUUUAAUAAGUAAGUUAACUAAGAGUGUAAGUUUAUAUAUUGUUUUUAAAUUAAAGACAUAAGAGAAAGGGAAAAUAUGGACAAUACUGUAUAAUAUAAUAUACUCUUAUUUGAGGGGAAAAAAAAAGAAAGUAAAAAGUGGCUUACCACACUCAUUUCCAGUAUACCUGCUUGAAUUAUUGUGCAGGGCUGGGCUUGCCAGUAAUACAUGAACUUCCUGGUCACAGACGGUAAAUCACUUAUUUAAAUUUCCAUUAACUGAUGGUCCCAAUAAAUAACGUUAAAUGGGAAUACAGGUUCUGAUUGGUUUGGUUUUCCAGCCCUGUGGAUAUUGAAUGCUCUACAGGAGAACAUCCAAAGUGUAUAACAAAAAUUUGUCCUUUGAUGUUGAACUAGAAGCCUAUCUAGUCUGACAGCUAUGUGCAGGAAAUAAGUAUUUAUAGAAAGUGUGUUAGGGAUCAUAGGUGUGAAGUAUAUGAUUAAUAAUUUCUAGCUUCCUGUCUCAAGGAUUUAGAAACUGUGUGAUUUGACGUAAUACAGUCUGGGAGUUAAGUGGCGUUUGAAGUGAAAGGAAACUGAAACUGUAGUGAUUUAUUAUGCAUUACUCCUCCUAUUUAGCAGCUCUUGGUUCCGGUAUGCCUACCUGGAAAACUUCAUUUUCAGCGCAAUGAAAGACUAAAAGUGCUGUGCUUGCAGCAACACACUCACAAGUAUCUUUUCACUCAGCGUUGUGUUUGUGGAGAAAAGCUCGAGCUGUAGACCAACAAGUAUUUUUCUUCAGGCUAGGAUCUCAUCUUUAACUGAUCAUUCAACAUGGUGCGAAGCCCACCUGUGGAGAGGCUACCCAGCCCUACAGGUAACCCUGGAGUAGAAGGCAUUGUCAGGGAGGGUUCAGCUAUCCCUUCUGAACUCGACCGCUGGAUCAGGCAGCAAGGCCGAGACUUACGCCUGCGCCAGGCUGACCGAAGUCAUGCUGUGAAACUGGUCAAUAAUCUGAAAAAGGAUUUAAUGAAGUUCCUGAAGGAAAAUGAUGAGCAGCCUUUUUUUAGGGAUAUUUCUGUUCUCAAUAGUGGAAGCUACUAUGAAUUAGUUAAGAUUUUUAAACCCAAUGAGUUUGACAUCAUGUUGAAACUUAAAACACCCCGAAUCGUGUGGAAAGCGCUAGAGAAAUAUAAUGGACUUUUCUACACAAUUUCCCUUUGCCGACCUCCACGUGGUGAAAUACGGGCAUUCCUCUUGGAAGAUGGACUCAUUAUUUCAGCCUCCAAAAUAAUGAAUGAAAUGCACCAUUUGGUUCAUAAAUUCAUCAAAACGCAUAAAGUGCCUGCUGGUGAAGGUCGAUGGGUGGUGUGCAGGAAAAAAGUAAAUUCUCCAGCUGUGACACUGGCAUUCCUGGAGGAAAAUGAGGGGGCAGAAAUACUAUCUGUGGAUAUUGUUCCUGCCCUCGAUGUGCCACAAGGCUGGCCAGAAGCUGCACGAGCUGGCCCAGAUGUGGACAACUGGCUUGGGAAGAAUGCUCGGCGCAAAAUUACUGGACAGCCUGUUUACUUUGUCCCUAAGAGACCCAAAGCACGAAACCUCACUAGUAUUGAAAAAGAGAGCUGGAGAAUAUCCUUCUCUCAUAUUGAAAAAGAGAUGAUCAGGUUCCAUGGGAACAAAAAGACGUGCUGUGAGAGUAAAGCAAAGGAAUGCUGCAGGAAACUGUGUUUGCGGCUCCUCAAGUGCCUAUUUGAGCGACUGAAGCAGAAAUACCCCAAAGAGCUUGAUCCUCUUUGCUCCUACCAUGGGAAAACUGUCUUCUUUUACAACCUCUGUGAGAGAUUUGAAGACUCACUGUGGACUCCUGGCCAGCUCUCAGUCUGCUUUAUGAAACUUCUUUGGCACUUCGAGCGUGCUGUAAAUGCUGGCUCGCUUCCCCACUUCUUUGUUCAAGACCACAAUCUGUUUUCUCCAUCCAGUUUCCCCAAGCGUAGUCUUAUGUUUCUGGGCAAUGCUUUGAGGGAGCAAAUGGAGUCAGGGCUUCCUCUUUUGCAGGUCCCAGAACCUCGUCCAGCACUUUGCUGUAGUCUGCAGCCUCAGCAAAUUUCCCCAGAACCAGUCACAAAGUGUGACACUAUGUUAUGUAGAAGCAGCUCUUUUAGACAGAAUUCUAUUUUGCUGUAUGUGGUUUAUGCUGUUAUAUUUUGCGGCAUCAUAUAUGCACUUUUUGUAAAAACUUGACAGCUAUAUUUACUGUAGAUGACAUCCCAAUACUGUGUGUAAAUACAUAUAAAAUAAGAAUUUUAAAACAGUGAAAACAACUUAAAAUGAACACAUUUACUAUGCGUGGGUUAUGUUUUAAUCAAUAUACCAUUACGAUUGUUUCAAGUGUUUUUAAAAUUGUAUUUUAAGAUUAGGGCAGCACAGUGGAGCAGUGUGUAGUGUUGUCGCCUCACAGCUCCAGGCUUCCCGAUUCGAUCCUGAGCUGUGUGGAAUUUCUGAACGUGUUACCUCUGUGUCUGUGUGGGUUUCCUCCCCGUCCAAAAAACAAACAACACUAAUGUGUGUGUUUGAAUGGACUGGUGUCUCAUCCAGGGCUCUCAGGAUAGGUUCCAGAUCCACUUGACCCUGAGCAGAAUAAAGUGAUCACUGAAAAUUAAUGACGUUUAUUUUGAAGGUAAUAAUCUGAAAUUGUUCAUGAAAGGAAAUUCUAUUAUAUCAUGUACUCUCAUAUUAUGAACUGUAUAAAGACACCUUAGAUACGGGGAAUACUGGGUUAUAGUUUCUGUUUGUGUGUCUCUGUGCUAUCAAAUACCUAUGAUGAAUGUAUUCAUUUAAUUACCUCUUCAAAUAAGCUGAUCAACUGCCAUCCUUUAUUAUAGCUGACACAUGUAGACAUGUCUGGUACCUGCACCAGAGAAACUGUCCACGCACUGCUUCUUAUCUAUGUGUAUCAAUACUCUUGUUUUGCAUGAAUAAACUGGAUGUCUCUGUGA